AUGUCUGAUGAAAUAUCAAAAACUUCAGUAAAUUUUUUUAAUCCAACUGAUGAGACUUGUUCUGAUUCAUUAACUUUUGACAUUGAGGAGAAUGAAAAGGAUUUAGAUAAAAUGAUUAAUAAAAAUAAACAUUUUGUUAAUAUAAAUGAUAUUUCAUUAAAAAGUGUUGAUUCUGAGAUAUUUGAUUCUGGUCCUUUUCAAGCUUCUAAUAGUGAUGCAAAUCAUGUUGUAUCAUCUCCAUUUGAAGUACCACAUUAUCCUAUUGAGAUUCAGGAAGGAAGAAUGCAACGACAAAGAGAAAUAUCAACAAGUCUCGAGUUUAAAAAUAAUGAUCAAGAAAAGCGACGAUUUUCUUUGCAGGCACGUCUUGAAUCAUUCAAUAGUCAUCCUCCAAUACAUUCUAAAGUGAAUGAUACACCUCAAAAUAAGGAAAUUCCAUUGAAAAAUGAAAAAGAGAUAAUACCAUUUUCUCAGGAAAUUAUUAAAAAUAUUAAUAAUAAGGAUUUAAAUGAAGAAGAAAUGUUACAAAUUGAAGAUUUACAACAUGUUGAAAUGCAUACAUUCCGAGAUGCUAUUGAUGUUAAUUAUCAAAGAAUGGCUAUUACUGGAGAAGAUAUGUCGGGUUUAGUUUUAGAAGAUAUUGUUAAAGCAUCUCAACAAAUAAUAGAAGCUUUACAAUUACGUGCUGAAUAUAUGGAAUUAAUAGGAAACUACUUUCCAACAACAACAAAAAAUUUUAUAUCUGGUGUAUAUCCUAAAAAUUUACCUAAAUGUAGAAGAAAAAAUACAGAUGCCAUUUCUGUACCUGGAAAGGAGGAUAAAAAUGAUGCUGGAUACAGUUCAAUAUUUCGUCGUGAUUCAUCAAUUGUUAGCCUUAGUUCUUUAAACAAAUUAUCAAUUAAUGGAGUGUCCAGCACUUCUUUUCAUCCACCACAACCUCCAGAGGAUCAUUGGGAAUUAAAUAUUGAUGUACCAAAAUUUCCUGAAAAAUAUAUAUUAAAAAAUGAUCGUGGAAUAACAUUAAUUUGUGAUGAAAAUGGAAAACCUGUAGAAAAAUUUAGAAAAUAUUAUCUUACAAAAGAAAAAUUUUUAAAAGAUACAGAAAAAAUGGUUGGUCUUAUUGUAGAUGGACCAUUGAAAUCAUUUUGCUUUAGAAGAUUAAGUUACUUACAAAAUAAAUUUCAACUUCAUGUUUUAUUAAAUGAACUUCGUGAACUUCAUGAACAAAAAUCUGUUCCACAUAGAGAUUUUUAUAAUAUAAGAAAAGUUGAUACUCAUAUACAUGCUUCAAGUAGUAUGAAUCAAAAACAUUUACUUAGAUUUAUUAAGAAAAAAAUAAAAACUGAAAAAGAUGUCGUUGUAUUGGUUAAAAAUGGUAAACCAGUUACAAUGGAUGAAGUUUUUAAAAAUCUUGGUAUUACACCUUAUGAUUUAUCUGUUGAUAUGCUUGAUGUUCAUGCUGAUAGAAAUACUUUUCAUAGAUUUGAUAAAUUUAAUCAUAAAUAUAAUCCUGUUGGUGAAAGUACUUUAAGAGAAAUUUUUAUUAAAACUGACAAUUAUGUCAAUGGUAAAUAUUUUGCUGAAGUUUUAAAAGAAGUUUUUACUGAUUUAGAAGAAUCUAAGUAUCAAAAUAUUGAACCAAGACUUAGUAUUUAUGGAAGAAAUAAAAAUGAAUGGAGUAAAUUAGCUAAAUGGGCUAUUGAACAUGAUGUCUGGUCUACAAAUUCAAGAUUCUUAAUUCAAAUUCCAAGACUUUAUGACAUUUAUAAAGCUUCUAAAAUGAUAGAUAAUUUUGGUGAAAUUUUAGAUAAUAUUUUUACACCAUUAUUCGAAGUUUCAAAUGAUCCAUCAUCUAAUCCCGAUCUUCAUAGAUUUUUAACUCAAGUUUCAGGUAUUGAUUCUGUAGAUGAUGAAUCUAAACAUGAAUAUGUUCAUUUUGACAAGUCAACACCAGAACCAGCUGAAUAUAGAGAUAGUGAAAAUCCACCUUACAAUUAUUAUUUGUAUUACAUGUAUGCUAAUAUAACUGUUUUAAAUGCUUUAAGAAGAUCUAGAGGAUUAAAUACAUUUUCAUUAAGACCACAUUGUGGUGAAGCAGGAUCAAUUAAUCAUUUAAUUACAGGAUUCCUUACAUCUGAAUCUAUUGCACAUGGUUUAAUGCUUCGAAAAGUUCCUGUUCUUCAAUAUCUUUUUUAUCUUACUCAAAUGGGAAUUGCUAUGUCACCAUUGUCAAAUAAUUCACUUUUUAUCCCUUAUCACAGAAAUCCAUUACCUGAAUAUUUGAUGAAAGGACUUAAUGUUUCCCUUUCAACUGAUGAUCCAUUGCAAUUCCACUUUACAAAAGAAGCUUUGAUGGAGGAAUAUUCAAUUGCUGCUCAAGUAUGGAAACUAUCAACUUGUGACAUGUGUGAAUUAGCUAGAAAUUCUGUUAUGCAAUCCGGUUUUGAAGAUAAUGUUAAAAUUCAUUGGUUGGGACCAAAUUAUAAAGAAGAAGGAGUAUUGGGUAAUGAUGUUUCAAGAACAAAUGUUCCAGAUAUUAGAGUAUCCUUCCGUCAUGAAGCAUUAGUAGAUGAAUUAUCAAACAUCUUCAGUCAUCGUCUUGAUUAA